AUGCACUCCUCCGUCCUCCUCCUCCUGACUUCGGUCAUGCUCGGCGCCGCCCACCCGGGCCACCACGAGGAGCCCCACCCGGCGCUCCUCGCCGCCCGCCACGAGCACCACGGCCUCGCCCGCCGCGGCCUCGAGAACUGCGUCAACACCAAGGCCUACCGCGACCUCCAGGCCCGCGCCAUGGUCCGCCGCGCCCAGACGAUCGAUUACCACCGCGCCAUCCGCAAGGCCAAGCGCGACGUCGACUCCGCCGGCACCGGCCACAACCAGACCUCGCUCCACGUCGGCAUCGACACGUCCACCCCGUCCACCGACAUCUUCGGCUCCAACCACACCUGCAUCCUCAACCCGGAGGGCGAGAUCGGCCCCUUCUGGGUCAAGGGCGAGCACAUCCGCUCCGACCUCCGCGACGGCGAGCCCGGCGUCGACGUCGUCCUCGACGGCCAGUUCAUCGACGUCGAGACCUGCGAGCCCAUCACCGACCUCUACUGGGACCUGUGGAACUGCAACGCCACCGGCAUCUACUCGGGCGUCCAGGAGAGCUCCAACGGCAACGGCGACGACGCCUCCAACCUCAACAAGACGGCCCUCCGCGGCGUCCAGAAGACCGACAACGACGGCGUCGUCCAGUUCACCACCAUCUUCCCGGGCCACUACUCCGGCCGCGCCACCCACCACCACAUGGUCGCCUUCCUCGACGCCACCGUCCUGCCCAACAACACCCUCUCCUCCACCCACGCCGCCCACAUCGGCCAGCUCUUCUGGGACCAGGACCUCGUCGAGGCCGUCGAGGCCCUCGCCCCCUACAACACCAACACCGUCGACAUCACCCUCAACAGCGACGACCACGUCGUCGGCGACGAGCUCGGCAGCAACGCCGACUCCGACCCCUUCUUCCAGUACGCCUACCUCGGUGAUGACGUUGCUGAGGGCAUCUUCGGCUGGAUCACCAUCGGCAUCAACCGCACCGCCAGCUACGACACCAGCUACAGCUUCGAGUACACUUCUUCCGGCGGCGUCGCCGUUGAGAACUCCGGCUCCGGCGGUGUCGGCGGCGAUGCCCCCAGCGGCACCGCGGCUCCGGAGCUCCUCCUGCUGCUACCUCCACUUCUGCUUAAAAAGGGGCUUGCUCCAGACUUACAAACAUUUUGGUACGAGGCGGAACUGGAACAGCUGCGAUGCCUCGUGUGUGGCGAGUCUUUCCUCCAAGAUGCCAUUGUACGGACCUUCAAAGUGUCGGCGAUCAUCAGUGACCGAGACCUAUCUCCGCGAUGCAGCAGAGUCGUCGAAUCGCAUCUCGGAAUGAACAUAUUGCUGUUCGAUAGGCACCUUCACUGUCUCCUGGACGCAGGUAUUCCCAUGAUCACUGUGUCUCACGUCUGGGACCCCCAGAUCUCGGCCAUUCAGCAGCAACACCGCUUUUCACCCCAGGCCCUACAUGUCAGACACCUCGCAAUCGAGAGCCCGGUCAGGAUUUUCCUCACCGUUGAGAGAGACCCUCAGUUCCCGCCAGACUCAGAGCUUUGGCACGACUAUUUCAGCGUUCCCCAAUGGACGGACCAGCUGAAAAGUCGAAUCCUCCUGACCAUUCACAGAAUCUUUGAAGAGGCCCAAACUACCAUCAUCCACUUCGACGGUCUCACACCGGCAGUCGUCGACAAGCUACAUCGCGGAAGGACCUCUCACGAACGUCUGAGCGGCCUGACUGGCGUGUGCAAUGAGAAGUGGUUCACGCGCAUGUGGACCGCCAUGGAGUUCGUGCGGAGUCGGUCAGUCCGGAUGAUGACGGGCGACUUCCAGCUUGUGCAAGGCGACGACGGGACUGACCCAGCGUUUCUCGGAACACUUCAGCAGGUCUGGGGGAGAGAGGUCGAGGCUCACGGCGGCGACGUGUGGGGCUUGGAGGACAGCGUCGGGAUGCGAACGUCAGAAAACCUGGUACCGUGGAACCUGGGGCCGUUACAGCAAGUGAGAUCUCUCCAUCGAACAAACUUCGCAAUGGCAUUCGCCCUCUUGUCGAAACGGGGAUGUCGUGACGAGAUGGACUUCUUGCAUGGCCUCCGCGGCAUUACCCAGAGUGAUUACGAAGAGCCCCCGGAGCCAACCUUCCGCCGGGGGUAUCUUCAUGUCGCUUGGCUUUGCCUCCUCGCGGGAGACUAUAGCCCCCUAUUCAUGACGCCAAAUCUCCCCAUGUCCGAGCCACCUCAGGAGGCAAACAUGUUUACGUGCUACAAUGACGUGUGGACGUGGGGGAUGGGUGAGGUCAUCUCACCUCCGGACCAUAUACCCGAGGUUGCUACUGACGGCUCCCAUGAGGAUGCCAUCCGCGCCAGGCUCCAGCCCAUUGGAACCGUCAGCAUGCUUUCUGAAUCACCAUGGUACUCUCCGCUCGACCAUUUCGCUGCCUGCGCUGAGAUGACCCUGGCGCAGACGGGCCCCGAUCUGCACGACUUCGUGGCCACGCUCGGGACCAGACUGUUCGGCGAAGACACUAACAGCGUCAUGAAGCACAUCGAAGACCAAGGCACCGCUCGAGACCUUGAGAACAUGCUCAUGACCCAAUACAAUCGCAGCGAAUGGCGUCCAGAAUGGCGGGUGGAGACCCUCGGCCUCGGAGGAACAGACGCAAUCAUGUGGCUCGCCGACGUUCUUCACCUCACUGGCAUCGUAGACGGAGUGGUGCAGAACCGGCUCGGACUCAUGUUCGCGCAUGCCGGCACGGUCCACAACAAGCCACACUCAAAGAUUGUGUCUGUUACGUGCACAGGUUGCCACAAGACGUCUCUGUUCCGCGCGGGACUCUUCGCACCCGCGAAUGAGGUUCGGCUUGCGCGAGCGUGGAGGAUCCCUGGAUUGCAGUACCAGAUGGCACUCAAAGGCGGGAUGGCGGUGCUCGAGAAGGACGGCCGUGUUCUGGGGAGGAUGAUUUGGGCUACGCCUGCGUGUAAGUGCGUGGAAACGGAGAUGGUGGAGUUGAGGAUGCCAGACUUGCCAAACCCACAACCUUACAACUCUGGUAAGAGAUCUCAGUCAUGCUGA